AAUGUCUAAUCACUCCACUAUUUAUUAUGUGGACUAAAAACCUUUUUAAUACAUAUUUAUUAUGUGGACUAAAAACCCUUUUAAUACAUAUGCCCCUUAUCACCGACGAAACCAAAUGUCCGUUCAACCACCACAUUCCUUCAACUACGCCCCCCAAGGUAUAAUCUUCUUUUUCUCUCAAGUGACUUUUGUCUUUUAGUUUGUAUGUGAAGUGGAUGAAACCCACUUAAUUAGAAUGGAAACUGGAAACGAAAAAAUGGGGGAAGUUUACAGAAACAUAGCCAAAUUUUACAUUUGGGAUUACAUUUGUUUUUCGAUUUUUUGUAUAUGUGAUACGGAGUACAUGUUAAUUUUAAGUUCAUGAUUAGAUUGGUAUGUUGUUAUAGAUUUGUAAUAUCUAUUAUUAAAAUUGUAAUUCAAUUAUUGUAUUUCACUUUUAUGCCCAUAAGAUGUUUGAUGAAACGAUUCAAUGAAUUUGUUAUUAAUUAUCACGUUUCUUUGUUCUUUUCCUUUUUGGUUAAUGGUCAGACUAUUUUAGCUAUUAGUAUGAGUUUUCUAUUGAUUUUUGAGGUAUUUAUCUAAUAAAGUAUCGUUUCUUGUACAUGCAUAUAGCUCCACACUCUGCGUCACUUUCUCUCGCACAAAAAACGUGUAGAAUAAAGUAGAAAUUAAGUCAUAAAAAAGUCUCUUGAACUACUAAGAGUAUAGAAUCAUAUGUAGUAUUAUAUAUGAUAAUGAUAUAACAAUAAUAAUUAAUAAUAAUAAUAAAUAGCGUGUUUAUCGUACUGAUCCCAAUACACAUUUUAUCAGUAUGUAUUUUCAGCCAAAAUGGACAUUAGUUUAGGGUAACUUACUGUCUCGAUCAGUAUUACUUAUAUAGUAGUUAUGUAUUAAUUUGUAUAUUGUUAUUGAAGAAUCAUAACUAAUAACUUUAUGUAUUACUAUGUACGUAGUAUAUAUGUAUAUUAGUUUCUAUUUUAUUUAAAGUGUUAUAACUAAUCACUUUAUGUAUUAGUAUGUGUAUAAAAAUAAGAAAUUUUAAACGGGUCCGGGUCCUUAACGGGUCGGAAUCCUAUGUACCAUACCCGAACCGUUCAUUUAAAAUACUAACGGGUCCGGAUCUGGGUCCAGGUAAACGGAAUAAAAUAUAGACCCAUACCCAGUAAAAACAACCGGGUCCGGGUCGGGUAUGGGUCUAGACCCGACCCAUUGAUAGGCCUAGAGCUAUUACACGGGUGGGUUCUACCAUUUGGAAGCUCUCAUCUUUGGGUAUUUUCAAGCUUAAUACGAAUGUGUCUACUGGAGGGGUGAGGCGGGAUUUUGGCUAGGUGUUUCCGGACUCUGUGGGUGCAUUUGUGGCUGGGGUAGUGAAACCGUGGGAAGGGUUUUGUUCAACACAGGAAGGUGAGUUAUUAUGCAUUCGAGAGGCUCUGUAUUGGGUUUUUAUGCAUGGGUGUACUACAAUAUAAGUGGAAUCUGACGCACUUCAAGCUAUCUAUGAGAUUCGGAAGGGAAAAAGCCAAACGGCUUUUGUUCUUCUAGCAGGUGAUAUUAGACGAUCUACGAAUCGUAUUGCUCCAUGAGUUAGCUUUUCUCAUAUAAACAGGUUCUUUGUCUAAUUGUCGGGCGUGGUUUCAUUCUCCUCAUGUAUCUCUCAUUUAUUGGACUUUGAUCUCAUUAAUACAUAUUUUAAUGAUCUCAUUAAUACAUAUUUUACGAGUUCCUUGUGAUUUCAUUUGGUUUAACCAACGCACCGGCGGCAUUCAUGGACUUGAUGAACCGUGUGUUUAGUGAAUACUUAGAUCAAUUUGUGAUAGUAUUCAUUGAUGAUAUCUUGAUAUACUCCAAGAGCGAAGAGGAGCACGAGCAUCAUUUGGGGCUUGUACUGAAUCGGUUAAGAGAAAAGCAACUCUUUGCCAAGUUCUCUAAAUGUGAGUUUUGGCUCAAAAAGAUUGGUUUUCUCGGGCACGUCAUAUCCGGUUCGGGCGUUGCUGUGGACAACGCCAAAAUAGAAGCCAUCAUCGAUUGGGAACGACCUAAGAGUGUGAAAGAGAUACGUAGUUUCCUUGGCUUAGCGGGGUACUAUCGUAAAUUUGAGGAGAAAUUCUCUGUAUUGGCGUCUCCAUUAACAAAGCUCACAAAGAAGGGAGCCAAGUUCAUAUGGGACGACAAAUGUGAGAAAGGAUUUCUUGAACUAAAUAAAAGACUCACCGAAGCACCAGUCCUCGCCUUACCCAUACAGGGGAUAGGGUAUGAUAUCUACAACGAUGCUAGCAUCCAAGGGCUUGGAUGUGUACUGAUGCAAAAAGGAAAGGUGUUUGCCUAUGCUUUUAGGCAAUUGAGGAAAUACGAGGUGAACUACCCUACCCAUGACCUAGAGUUGGGGGCGGUAGUGUUUGCAUUAAAGAUUUGGAGACAUUAUCUCUACAGGGAGACAUUUUACAUCUACACCGAUCAUAAGAGCUUGAAGUACGUAUUCACUCAGAAAGAAUUGAAUAUGAGGCAGAGGAGGUGGAUGGAGUUGAUCAAGGACUAUGACUUGAUCAUCGACUAGCAGGGCAUUACAGGCACGCGUGGAAGUGACCACAAGCGGGGCCCUUGACAUUCAUGUAAUUUCCAUGUUUAUUUUUGUAUUUUUAAUUAGUUUUGAUUGACUUUUACUUUGGAAAUUACACACUUUUGGUGUAAUAGUUUAGUUUGUAAAAUAAUUGUAAUUUGUUUAGAUUAGGGACUUUCUGAGCUUAAACUAGGUAAAGAUCGUCAAAAGGAUCCUGGAAAGUUCAAGAAAAUUG